GGGAGGAGAAGAACAAAUGCAAACACUGAGAUUCUAGUUAUGUUGAUUUUGUUACUAUUUUUCAGGAUUUAAUUGAGCUUCAUUUUUGCAUAUCUCGCUUUAGAUGCUUUUUUAAGAUUUUACUCUCUGGCUUUGCUGUGUGUGUCUAAGCCAUGCAAGCCGUCAAGGUUGGCUGGGCUGGGCAAGUAUUUGCUCUUGCCUCCAGCAAUGACUCCAGUGGGAAGAAGACCCGGGUUAGACGGUCAAAAGAGGAGAGGAAGCUGAUAGCUGAGUCUUUUAUAAAGAAAUAUCAGAAUUCAAAUGAUGGGAAUUUCCCAUCCCUCAACCUGACACACAAAGAAGUUGGUGGUUCUUUUUAUACAGUCAGGGAGAUUGUUCGAGAGAUUAUUCAAGAAAAUCGAGUCUUAGCCCCUCCUAAAGUGUCUCAAGAAGAACAUGGCCUUUCCGGAUUAUUGGAACAGCAUCCAUUAGGAUCUAUCUCAAUGGAACCAACUGUCAACUUGUCAGUAUCAGAUAGAGGUGAUGUGGUAACGCACAUUGCACCCAACGAGAUUCCGUUUUCGAGUGCAGAAAAUGUUACAUCUUUCAGUGAAUCUUAUGAGUUGGCUGAGCAAAAUGGAGGUUCUGAUCGAACAAGUGAAAGCUAUCAUGUACCUAGUCAUUAUCGAGAAAAAAACAUGGAAGAGGUUUCAAACUCACCUCAAACGAAAAGUCACAACCUUGAGGAAAAUAUUGUGAAGGGAUUCGUGGUGGCUGAUCAUAACAAAAAUACUGAUGAGGGUCAAGGGAGUCAAAUGCUUAGUGAUGAGCAGUAUCACGUUAAGAACGAGCACACAGUUUUCAAGGAUAAAGAAUUUGGGGGAAGAAUUUAUAAUGAGCCCACAGCAAUCAAGACUCUGAAUCAAGAGAAACUCGAAGCUCAAACUGUAGAAUCGUCUCUAUCUGUUAACUCUCAUACUAACUCCGAUAUAGUGGUGGAAACAUUUCCGUUGAGGCCUGUACCUACAACAAUUGACAAAAUGGCUGGAGAAUCUGGUAAACAACAAGAGGCAGCUGAAACGCUUGAAGAUAAGGGAAUGUGGCAAGAAAAGAAGACAUUUACCCAGAGCUCUUCUAGUUUUGUCAGUAAGAAAGCUGACGAAAAUAGGCAUCCAGAUUCAACAGUGGAAGUGAAUGGUGAAAACAGGGAUGCAAAAGUGGUGCUUAAUCUUCAAGGCCCGUCAAUGGAAAAUGCCAAACCCAAUGAGCUUGAUACAGGUAGCAUUGGAGAGCUUGCGUCCAAGGUUUCGUUGCCUGAUGGUGCUCAGGCCAGCAGUUCUAGCAAAACGUUGAUCUCUGAGGACUCCACUGCAGUUGUAGGAAAAUCCAGAGAUCGAAAUGAUAACAACGUGGCAAAGGGAAACAAUCCCACACUGGACAGAAUCAAUCUAGAAACUUGGGAUAGAGCAGCAAGGAAUUCUCCUCAACCUGAAAGUAAUCCGCUCCUGGCAUUAGUGAAGUCGAUCAUCUCUUCGUUUGUGAAGUUUUGGACCGAGUAAUUCUCAUUUUCUCCGUUCUCUCCUUUGAGCAGUUCUUGAUAUUGGUCAGCCUUGUAGAUUGUUUGUGGUGGCGUGAUGCUCUCCAUAGAGUUGUUGUUUGUUGCUAGUGAUCUGUUUGAAUUCAAGAAUAUGGGUCUGUUUUUUCACUGGGAUUAUUUUCUGCCAUGUUCGAAUAGAAGAUGUUUGACCAGUAAUGCUUUUUGUAAAAUUACUAGUCAUAUGAUCUUGGUAUAAUAUUGGAGAUGUAUAUAGUGAAUGCUAA